AAAACAAAAACACACUCGGUUAAUACGAAAACACGUGAAGUAGUGAUGUGAAUCGGAUCAGAAAGAGAUGGCCGAGGAGCAAAAACUUUUAGAGUUGCUUAGUGGAAUACAGUUGGAGCAUUAUUACGAAAAAAUAACAAAUAAAUUACAUGUGACAAGAAUUGACCAUUUUGAACAUGUUCACGAAAAUGACCUUUUAUCGCUCGAUAUGACAAUGCCAGAAAUACGGCGAUUACUUGAUGGCUUAAAAAAAUUUAAACGACGAAAUAUUUUUUCAAAAAUAAGGAAAUCAUUUCGAAUCUCAAAUAACUCCAGUAGUGCUCAUCACAGAUCUUCGGUGUCUCUUACAGAAAGUGGUCAGGCUGUAGGCAUAAAACAUAAUUUAAAAUGUCUGAUAAAUGAACAAGAUAUAAUCCUGAAAGAUAUGUUGGGGCGAGGAGCAUUUGGUUAUGUACAAAGUGCAGAAUGGAUUAAAAACACAAAAGAGAAGUUGCUGGUUGCAGUUAAGUGUCUUCAAGAAAAUAAGGAACUGGGAAUAUCAGUAGUACAAAAUGAGUUAAUUAUUGAAGCAAAUGCUAUGAGUAGUUUAAAUCAUCCAAAUUUAAUUCGGUUGUAUGGUCUUGUGCUUUCGUCACCAAUGAUGCUGGUUACAGAACUAGCACCUUUGGGAAGUUUAAUUAAAAGAUUACGACAAGAAUCUAAGAAAUUUUUAAUUUCUACGUUGUGCAGUUUUGUUGUUCAAAUUGCAGCUGGGAUGAAAUAUUUAGAAGUUCACAGAUUUGUACAUCGAGAUCUUGCAGCAAGAAACAUUUUGUUGAUGUCGUAUGAAAAGAUAAAAAUUGGAGAUUUUGGAUUGGCAAGACCUUUACCAAAAAAUGCGGAUUAUUAUGUCAUGCAACCUGAUGGACUUGUUCCUUAUGCAUGGUGUGCACCCGAAUGUUUGAAGUAUCGCAAAUUUUCUCAUGCUUCUGAUGUGUGGGCAUUUGGAAUAACUGUUCUUGAGCUAUUUUCUUAUGGAGCUGAACCUUGGUUAGGGUUGAAUGGAAUGCAGAUAUUAGAAAAAAUUGAUGAACCCUCAUUUGAAAGACCACCCUGCCCAGAUCAUUGUCCAUCAGCUAUUUAUUCGUUCGUUAGAGACUUCUGUUGGAAUCAUGAACCAGAGAACCGGGCACGAUUUCCAAUGCUGGAGAAAUACUUACUUGGGGUUCUCCCUCGAGAAGUUAAAGCAUCUGGGAAUUGGCAUGCAAUAAGUAGCGAAGAUCUGUCUUUUAACCAAGGAGAUGUAAUCACAGUAUUUGAAACAAGUGAGGAAUGUGAAUGGAGAGGACAAAACAGAUCCACGUUACAAGUUGGAAACAUUCCAGCUAAUUUUGUGGAUUUUGGAAGAGCCACAAUUUCAGAUCCCUUUGAUGACACCUUCAAAAGUAAUCAUUUUGGUGAUGACACAAGAAAGUAUGAAGUUAUCAAUGCAUUCAAUCAAAACAUUGCUCGUGAGAACGAGAGAAAAUUUCAAGAAGACAAGAUAAGUUCGAACUGUGGUAGUUACGGCAACAAAGCGAUGCAACAACUUAAACGAAACAGUGAAGUGUUUAGCAUCUGUUCAGGAUAUAGUUCUCCAGGAGCUACUUCAAGGAGUGGUCAAAGUGGGUGUAGUUCACGUUACUCAUUUUGUGAGGAGUGCUCGCACUUAAGUUAUGACUCAGGAUACGGGUGUAGAUGUAGCACGUACAGUUCGGAUUCCUCCCAAAGAUUCUCUGAUAGCAGCUUACCGUACUCUUUGGUAGACAACGAGACAGCCUCUCAACCCAUUAGUAUCCCAGGUGGCGGUAGCAGCCUAAAAAAUCACAAACAGACGACCGUCAUGGAUACGAAUAGUUGUACAAUGUAUCAGAUGUUUCCCUAUGACGGUCAAAAAGGAAGUUCCCUUCCCUGUCACAACCAAAGACUUUCAAGUGACAUAACAGAUUCCCCAAACAUAUACGAGACCGUUAAAAGCCUGAACUUGAAUGAUAAACAAUCGGUAGAGUCUCCUUCGUCGAGGGUGGAGAAUAGAGAAUCACUUCCUAAUGUGGUGAAUCCCAAUAAACCUACAACAAUACUUCAACGAAGGAGGUCAUUGCCUCGAAUGAAAAUGAAAUUUGCAAAAAGUUACGAAAAUAAACUCUUUAAACCGCAUGAUAUGUGCGCGACAUCAUCCCCGAAAUCAGAUAUGGCAAUAUAUGAAAACAUGUCCACGAUACCUGCACCAACGCUUGAUAAUAUGUCCACGAUAUCUCCCCAAACUCAGCAGUUGUACGACAUUGUUCCAAGUAAAAGCCUCUCCACAAAGCAGAUUGAGGCGAGCGAUUCGCCUACCAUAUACGAGAAUAUGAAAGAGUUGAGACCUGAAGUGGGGAAGGUGAGAAGUUCGUCUGAUUCUUGUGUUACCGACAAAGCGUUAAAAACCGAAGCCGAAACGAAAAAAGAAAAGACACCAUUUAUCCCGCCAAGACAUAAACGUAAACAAAGGCGAACAAGUGACCGCGCUGCAGGAGGAUGUGAAGUGAAACAGUGUGUUAUUCUGGCUGGCUCAAAAGACGAAAUGCCGUAGCUUUAAACCACUUCCAGUUUUAGGGUGCAAACCGAAAGGAAAAGUAUAAUUGAUUACUUUAAUGUUAGUACCUCUCGUGAUCAUUACUGAAAUAUUUGAAUCCACGAAAAUUUCGUAAUAAUGGAGGAAUGUACGAAAUACUUCUUCUAUACAUUACUUUAACCUGCGUUAUUCUACAAAACGGCAUAAUUCAGGUCAUCAUUAAAGGAAAUAUCUUUUCACUUUUUCGUGCACCUAAUAGUGAACUCGACGGGACUUGCAGCAGGUGUUUAACAUCUACGCCAAGAAUUUAUAUCAAAUUCUGAAGAAAUUAUUUAAAAAACAGAAAUUACGGAGAAA